AUGGAGAUGAAAAACGAGAAUGAGGGUACCAAAGUUAACGAAACCAUUCCCGAAGAGAUGAGCAAACCAGAAGAAAACUCAGAAGCCAACAAGCCAGCAGACCCAGUUGAUAGAAUCAGCUCUCUUCCAGACCAGGUAGCCCAGCUGAUUCUCUCUCUGUUGCCCGAGAAAGAUGCUGCCAGAUCGACGGUCUGGUCGAAGAGAUGGGAUAGGCUGCAUCAUUCUAGCCCAAUUCUUGAUUUUGAUGAGAGACGUUUCCAAGGAGCAGGCUAUGCGAAUUGCAGACGCAAAUUUCUUUAUCACAUUGAAAAAGCAUUGUUGAAAAGAGGCAAUCUAACUCAGGUAAAAGAGCUCCAGGUUGUAUCGGCUAUGUCUUUCGAUGAUGAUCUUGAGGAGAUUUUGAUGAGAUUGCUGGGGAUGGCAGUGAGAGACAAGGUGCCUGAAAUUAAACUGGACAUCAACAAAAACUCACAUCCAAGAGAUGACUUUACAAUCUGCUUUGUUUUACCAGAGGAUUUGGACGAUAUAGUGAAAUUAACUUGCUAUAUCUGA